AUGCCUUCGAGAGUACCAACUAGACCAACAGUAUCACAUACGCCAGAUGAUAAACUUCCUAAAAGUGCAAUUCAUCCUAUAAAGGACACAAUUACCUCUAAAAGGGACCCAAUUAAAUCUAAAAGGGAUGUACGCGAUGUUAAACAUGCUGGUAUCGCUUCUAAGAGUAAUAAAAUAAUGAAGCCGAAAGCAGUUACUCCAAAAAAAAAACGACGUAAAAAACCAGUAAAAACAUGGUUAAAAACACCAGCCGAUUGGGCUCAAUUUUAUGCUUGGGCACAAAUAAAAGCACAACCACGAAAGUAUCCAGAACCAGAACCGAUUUCUCUCUCUCUCUCUCUCUCUCUCCUUUUCUCUUUCUCUCUUUCUCGUUUUCUUCCUUAUCAGAUUCGACCGUCAAAACCAUUGCAUUUGUUGAGAAGGAGGAUUAAACUAUUGAGCGAGAAUCCAAAACGUGGUGAUCCGAGUAAAUAUUGUAAGCCAGUCGAAACGGAAAUUUCAAGAGCAGCUUUGAAUGCAGUAACAACGAAACGACUUUUGAAAUUGUCAUUACCAAAGUUACGUACAUGCGAUUAUGGCCGUGAAUUGCCUACCGUAAUAUACAAAGCCACUCUGCAAUAUAUUCCAAGUAAGAGGAUACAAAAUUUGAGUCAACCAAAAAUUUUCGAACCCGAGGAAUGUAAGCCUGUGGAUAUACCAAGUGAUACAAAAAAUAAACGUCAGGCGAGAAAAAGAUUAUUGAAGCUUAAGAAAAAAUUGAUUGAGUGUCCGGAAGGUUUGACCGAUGAGGAAAAAAGGGAACUCUUCACAGAUGUUGGGAUUAGAAAAAGUGCAUUAACGUACGAGAUCACACCGUGGAUGGAGAUUCUGGCUUUGCCAGGUUACACAAUAUUAAAAUUUCGAGACGACGAAGAUGCUAAGAAAUGGAAGAAAAUGUUUUUGGAGAAUUACGAGGUAAGAGGUAAGAAAGCUAUCGAGGAACAAAGAAUGAGGAUAGAAGAAAAGGAAAAAGAGAAAAAAGAUGAGGAUACUAAAAAUGAGAAAAAAAAAAAAGAAGCUGCGAGAAGAAGGAAACAAAUUAAGCACGCAUGGAGAUACGCCCCAUUACCCUGUAAAACGUACGAGGAUGCAUUUUUUACUAAAAAAGCAGCCUUGAAUGCCAAAGCUUCGCCACGAACGAAUGAGCUGGCCAAGCACAAGGAACACAAGGAUUUAAUGACAAAGGAGCAUCCAUUCGACGUGAAAAAGAGUGCAUUGAGUGCAACGAGUAGUGGCAGAACCAAUGAAUUAGCGAAACCGAAGCAGCCUCGGGAUCCUAUCGAAAAACCUCCCCCUCGUGAAAAGAAUAUAUAUGGUCAAAUAAUUUUUAUAAAACCGAUAUACGGAAAGGUUUUGCCAAGAACGAAACCAUACAAAAUGGGAGAAUGUCCGAAGAAAGAGGAUAAGAAAGAGAAAAAGAAAAAGAAGGAAAGAUCUAUCGAUCCGAUCGUUUAUGAGCCGACUAUUGACCCAUGUAUUUAUCCAAAACUGGCGAGAAAACAAAUGAGAGAGAGAAAGAGGAUUGAUAAAAGGAAAGAAAAAACUGAUAAAGACGAAACUGUUGAAAAACAUGAAAAAAUGGAACCGGAACCUACAGUAACUGAACCUGAAGUAACUGAACCUACAACAACUGAACCUGAAGAAACUGAACCUGAAGAAACUGAACCUGAAGAAACUGAACCUGAAGAAACUGAACCUGAAAAAACUGAACCUGAAGAAACUGAAAAUGAAGAAAAUUAA